GGGCGGGGCUAAAGCAGAGCCGGAAGUCGGUGCCGGGCAGGCGGCAAGGAGGGAGGCUCUGCGGACCAGAGUGGGAACUGCGAGCCGGCUUUUCCCCCCCCACCAUCUCCUGGGAUCUGCUGACCUUUGACCCUCCAUUUUCAUUGAGGGGAGGGGCAGGGGCUUCCCCUCUAUUUUCCGGUGGAGAAGCUCAGGCGCCCCCUCUCACUUGGACCUCCCCCUCGAGCAGGCUGAGAUGCCUUGGGCCCUGGGGGUCAGACUGUGGGGGGGCAGUUGGGUGGGGAGGGCCUUGCCUCGAGGGGCGAGGGGAGCCUGGCCCCCCACUCACCCCUGAAGUGCCGCCCGCACCACCACCAGCAGCAGAAACAGGAGGCAGGAAGCUGAGGAGCAGCCAGCAUCUUUCCUGAGAGAGACGGCAUGCCUCACCUGAGAAGGUCUUCCUUACAGGGAGGAAAUCUUGACCAUGCUCCAAGCCCUUCAGGAUUGCCACCCGGUCCUUCAAGAGCCUCGUCGUUUCCCAUCACCAGGGGAAGAGCUGGCCUUUGGAGGGGCCCCAGUUUGGAGCAUUCCCACCUGAUUCAUCAGACGGCGUCAGUCGGAGCCCUCACAGCAGAAGACAUUGAGAAAGCAAGGGGAUCUCGACCAAAAAAAGGCCAGGAGAACUUAGUGAAAGUGAGACAGAAGCUUAGCGAGAGGGCCCGGGAGCGGAAAGUGCCGGUUACACGGGUUGGACGGUUCGCAAAUUUUGGAGGUCUCGCUGUGGGCCUAGGGCUUGGAGCCCUGAUGGAGGUGGCGAAGAACUCGCUUAAUGGGGAGCAGAAGCCAAAGAAUGGUAGCCUCCUGGAGUCCAACCCCUUCCUCUCAGAGGCCAACGCGGAGCGGAUCGUGGACACCCUUUGCAAGAUGCGUGGGGCAGCCCUCAAGAUAGGACAGAUGCUCAGCAUCCAGGACAACAGCUUCAUCAGCCCUCAGCUGCAACAGAUCUUUGCGCGUGUCCGCCAGAGCGCAGAUUUCAUGCCUCCCUCUCAAAUGAUGAGGGUCCUGGUGGAAGAUCUGGGCCCUGACUGGCGGGAGAAAGUGGCGUGCUUUGAGGAGAGGCCCUUUGCCGCGGCAUCCAUUGGCCAGGUGCAUUUUGCGAGGCUGAAGGACGGCACGGGGGUGGCAAUGAAGAUCCAGUAUCCUGGCAUUGCUCAGAGCAUCCGCAGCGAUGUGGACAAUCUUCUCUCCAUCCUCAAGAUGAGCGUGAUGCUCCCUGAAGGCCUUUUUGCAGACCACUCCCUGCAUGUGCUGCAGAAGGAGCUGGAGUGGGAGUGUGACUACCUCCGGGAAGCAGGUUGCGCCAGGAGUUUCAGGCAGCUCCUGGAAGGCGACCCGUUCUUCGAGGUGCCAGCGGUGAUCGACGGGCUCUCUGCCAAGCGGGUCCUCUCGAUGGAGCUGGUCGGCGGCGUCCCGCUGGACCAGUGCCAGGCGCUGGACCAGGAAAUCCGCAACGAGAUUUGCUUGAACAUCCUUCGCCUUUGUCUCCGGGAGCUCUUUGAACUCCGCUUCAUGCAGACGGAUCCCAACUGGUCAAACUUUUUCUACGACGCCGAGAGACACAAGGUAGCCCUUCUGGAUUUUGGGGCCAGUAGGCCCUUCACCAAGGAGUUCACCGACCAUUACAUUGAGGUGGUGAGAGCCGCUGCCGAAGGGGACAGGGCCAAAGUGCUUCAGAAGUCGAAAGACCUCAAAUUCUUGACAGGCUUGGAGGCCAAGGUCUUUGAGGAAGCCCACGUGGACGCCGUGAUGAUCCUGGGGGAACCGUUCUCCACGCCCGGAUGCUUUGACUUCAGCACCCAGAGCACGACUCAGCGCAUCCAGGACCUCAUCCCCGUGAUGCUGAAGCACCGGCUGAGCCCCCCGCCGGAGGAGAGCUACUCCUUGCACCGGAAGAUGGCCGGCUCCUUCCUCAUCUGCUCCCGCCUGGGGGCUUCCAUCCCCUGCCAGGAGCUGUUCGAAGAGGCCUACGCCCGGUACCAGGCGGAGCGGCGGGCCCCCGCGCUGAUGGACGGAGCCGAGCUUCAGGGAGCGUCGCCGUGUUUGUGAGAGGCUGCCCUUGAAGGGAGCGGAAGGCUCUGAGCGUGAGAGGCGUCCGCGAGAGGCUGCUCGACUGGCCGGGGUUCCAGACUGGGGUCCUCUGAGGUGCUGUGCCAUUGUGGAUCGGCAUCUUAGUCCCAGCUGUUGACUUGACCCACCCAAGUUAUCCACAAGGACUGAACCCCUUGUGUGUGGGGGGGUGAGGGGUGCUGUUUCCUGCCUUCAGUGUUUGGAGCUGUUUGGGGAGCGAGGGCUCCCUUUAGUGAGGAAACCAGCCAAGCCAGAAGGGGUUGCCUCUCUCCUCUUCCUCCUGCCUGUUUUUGCCUGUUACUGGGCUCCAUACCUCUCUUGCUCUCUCCCUCCUGCUCUCUCUCACUCACUCACUCCAUAGAAGACGUCCGCCUGCUUCCAGCUCAGGGCUAGCCUUCGCCCAUCCUCCUGGAUCUGCGACGGGCAGGUGCCCUAACCCUCCGCCUCCCGCAAUCCCAUUAGCCGUGCUUUCUUGUGAAAGCCAGCACUCACUUUUCUCUCUGUGGAGGACAACUGCUGGGGAGACGUUGCCCCAGGAAACAUGCUGACUGCUGACAUAAGCCAUGGAGGGCAGGGGGUGUUGUGGGGGGGCAAUGGAAAAGAGAGGGGCACGGAUUUUGCAGCUCACUAGCCAUUCCUUUGGGAAACCAAAGAUUCUAGUCCUCAAGGAAAAAUCUUGAACAAACUCAGCAGCUCGGCUGAUCGGGAGGCUGCUGGUUGCCUUGAAAGGGACCGAGUGGCCCUGUUCUUACCAGUUGUGUGCAGAGGGGGAGAGGGGGGUUACUCCUCCUGUUAAAAAUCUCUCACUUUUCUUCCAUCUGUAGCCUUUAGAGCAGAGAGAAGAGCAGGAUCCAGGUACCCGCUUUUUAUAUAGUGCCUGCAUUGCUCCUGGGAGCCAUUGUUUUUUAAACUUUAGACAUACUGAGAGUUGGAAGGGACAGCCAGAUCCAGCGUGUCUUGUUAUGAGGGCAGGAGGGUGGGGGCUAGGAGGAGAGAGAUUUAGGGCAGAGAGUCACUUCUAACAACAGCAAUUAAUUUGAAGGCUGACAGCACUCUCUCUCUCUCUCUCCAUUACAGUGAUUGAUCUGAUGUUUUAUGUGUGUGUGUGUGUGUGUGUGUGUGUAUAAAAUCAUCACCAUCCAUAUGGGGAGGUGCUGAGGAAGGGGCGGCUUCUUUUAGAACCAAGGGGCAGGGGAAGGGAAAGUAAACAGGAGAACGUUUGGGUGCCGUUUGUCAUAUUUUAUAAACCUAGGGACCCCCUGUCUCCAUAGGAUGCCGGUAACAAAGGAGUGUUUGAAUUAUUCUUGUUAAAGAACAUCUCCAUCUCCAACUGUGCUAGAAAGCUUUUUGUGUUCCUACUCAGUGUGUGCCUGCAGCUUUUAAUAUUUCGAGUUGGGGGGUGAAGGGGGAGGAAAGGGGAUCAGUUAUUGUAUUCUAUUGCCUGUUUCAGUUCUGAGGGGGAUCAUUAGCGCUUCUGUCGGAACUUGAAGACCAAAUAAAUAACUCAGCGGACGAGGGCGCAGGAUGUUUUGAAGCUCGCCGUGCAAGCACACGUAGACACAGUCACCAUCAUUAACAAUUUUUGAGCGUGGCAUUUCCAGGUGAUACGGGCGACAGCUGCAUCUCAAGGUUAAAUAACCAAACAAAAGAUAAAUAAUCUCAGAGAAAUAAAUAUGUACUAAGAUUGAAUCAGUCCAAUAGGCAUAACAAAGACAAAACAGAGUUAGAAAUACUAAAGAGGGGAAAAAAAUCAAGUAUCUUUUUUAAAAAGGUAAUUCUGGCCCACUGAGAACUCUAAGCAGGACCCAAAGUGGGUGGAAUCAAUUUCUGCAGAAUUUAGCAGCAUAAAUUUUCUAAGCAAGCGCAAGAGUGUGAAUGCUCUCAGUAAUGACUCAGCCAGAGUUUGCAGGACGGAAGCCUCCCCGUGGCUUUCCUGCAGAAUCCGCACUGCCAGCCUGAGAAGGCCGCUGUACUGAUGCCGCCUCCCAGGACGGCCCAAGGUGGGUCCUCCUGGUCAUGAGCAGGGCUCUCACUGUGUUCAGAGUCCCGCUCCAGUCUGGGUGAAGGUGAGAGUGCAUUGCAUAAGGUCACGAAUAAAACAGAAAAAAUGUACACUUGGCUUCAGCUGGCGCCAAUGGCAGACAUCUGUCAGUCUAAAGAUUGACUUACGAAAGCACCCGUACAUUUAUCUAAAACGGGAGCAGGGUGCAGCAGUUAGUAAGGAAUUGGGGGGGGGGGGUUCCAGCAGGAGGUCGAUGCUUUCUCCCAUACAGCAGGAGAGAUGUGUGGGUUAGUUGGAGGUUUUUAAGUUCUUUUUUUAAAAAACCCAGUGCUAACUCCAGGUGAGACCUGGCAGAAGAUACUGAUCUCUGCUGUUCAUUUGUUUGAUCUUCUGGGUUGUUCCUGUUUGAACUUGCCACCUACCUGAACAGUUGUAAAUUUGGUGGCUAUAAAUCUCGAGAUACAUUUAAAAGAAGCAAUAACACAUCACUGUAAAAUGUGCCGGUGUGACGUGUCUUUUCCGGCUUGAAAUAAUCUGCAUCUACUUUGUGAAGACGGGACGGACAGAUCCGCUAGCCCAUUUUUUCACAGUCAUCCUUUUGCAGCCAAGCAUCAAAGAGACUGUGUUUUAUAAGAGGGAGAAGAGAAUUCUUUGUGGUCACGAGGCUUAGGUGGCAAUAAACGCAUUCGGCACUUAA